GGGGUGGGCAGGGUGCCCAUGUGGCCUCUCUGGAUCAUCCUCCUGCUGGUGCUGCCCUUGGGAGGCCUAGGACCACCCCUCUGCCCGAGGGAGCCUUUCUACUUCCUCAUUGCCAUCAUGGAGAUGCUGGGAAACAAAAAUGAUGGCACUCUCUACACCCCAGACGAUCUUUUGGUGUGUCCUGCUGAGACUCUAGGCUGCUUCCGGCUGGAGCUGUCAGUGAUUGGGUUUGAGGAGGGCGCAUCUGUGGGGACUUCUGUGUUCCGGCUACAGCGCCUACUGGAUGCCCUGGGAUCCCGGCUGUGGAUGACUGGCCAGGGCACUUGUCCACCCUGUGAAGGACACCCUCAGAGACCUGUCCAUCUUUUUCUGGCCAAACUCUUGGAAUUUUUACAGGGGGCUUGUGCUCAGCACCUGCCCUCAGCAUGA